CUGGUGGUAGGGGCAACAAAUCAGCGGAAUUGGAGGGGUAUUCUAAUUGCGCUGCUAGUAAUAGUAGCGGUGUUAGCGCUAAUCGUUACAUCAGUGGUGCUCCUCACACCACCAGACGAAGGACCCAGGGUCAAAGGCCGACGACUAACAAUCCAGGACCUGUUGACAGAUGAACUGGUGCCUGUACGAUGGAACGGUACAUGGAUAUCAGGAGAUGAAUAUAUAUACAGAGACGCAUGGGGUGGUAUCAGUCUUAUGUUCGCUGCAAAUCAAACUUCCAAAACACUUAUGCCUAACACUACUUUUAGAGUAUUAGAACCAGCAUCUUUUUCAAUUUCCGCCGACCGUCGAUUUCUAUUACUUGCUCAAAAUCUUCACAAACUGCACCGGCAUUCUUAUCUCGCUCGGUACACUAUCUACGAUAUACUGACCACAGAAUCAUAUCCACUCACACCUCUGCCAAACGAAGUUGGCGGAGGAGUGAUCACAGAAGGGCCGUUAUUGCUCCUAGCUAUGUGGACUCCUAAAGGACAUGGGUUGAUAACUGUCAUGGAUUACGACAUUUACUAUAGACCAGCGCCUCGUUCUUCUACCGGCUACCGAGUAACCGACACAGGAAUUCCAGGAACAAUUUAUAAUGGUGUUCCCGAUUGGCUUUAUGAAGAACAAAUAUUAAAGGCUCGUACAGCUCUGUGGAUGUCAGCGGAUGGACAUAUGGUGCUUUAUGCAACAUUCAAUGACAGUCUCGUACACGAGCAAAGAUUUCCCUGGUAUGGAGCCGCAUUAGAUACUGAUGAUCCAUCGAAGACGUAUCCCGAGAUAAGAAGCGUGAGAUAUCCUAAGCCGGGUACGAACAAUCCAACGGUAAAAUUAACCGUCGCGGAUAUUGCCGAUCCGAAACAUAUUCGAACGAGGCAUCUAACUCCACCCAAAGUAAUCCUCGAAGAAGGAGAUUACUACUUCACGAGUGCGCAGUGGGUAUCACUAACGGAGGUUUGCGUCGUUUGGUUAACCCGGAUACAGAAUCUAUCCGUCGUGUCCGUCUGUAAAAGUCCCAUGUGGUUUUGCCAAGAAGUGUAUAGGAUAUCAUCCGGAACAGAAAGUUGGGUUGAGUCUGCCCCGGCGCCACUAUGGUCCGCUGGUGGGGGAGCCCUCGUCACGCUGGCUCCUGUAAGAGACGGGCCAGCAGGCUUGUUCCGGCAUAUUGUUAGGACAGAACACAAUGCUCACGGCCCGAGAGCCUUACCGCUGACGCAUGGCAGCUUUGACGUGGUUCGCUUGCUGGCUUGGGAUCAUUCAAACCAACAUAUAUAUUACCUUGGAAUACCAGAGGGUAAGCCCGGGCAGCAGCAUCUAUACAGAGUUUCAGCAGAACCGCCAAGACCUGGCACACCACAGAAGCUGCCCUACUGUGUCACGUGCAACUCGCAGCCGUCUACAUCAAUUAAUUUGGAGUAUUACGGCAGUCUCGCUUCAUCGGGGGACAGUACGUGGGACAAUGACUGGGACGAAGAGCUCCCAGUUACCACACCUACAAUCACGAAAAAGAAGAAAAAGCGAUAUCCAGAUGGUAUACCACAAAAUCUGCCGUGUCUUUAUUACGAAGCAUACUUUAGUCCAACAUCUGCGUAUUUUGUACUUGAGUGCCUUGGACCGGGAGUGCCUACUUCAAGUUUGCAUAAGAUAGCUUUACCGGAGCCCAGGUUGCUUAUGCAUCUCGAGAAUAAUACCGCAGUUAAGGAGCGGUUAUCAGCAAUAGCCUUACCAACGCCAAGAACAUUCUCAGUUCAGCUGUCGAGUGGAAAUACAGCUAGAGUUAGAUUAUUGCUGCCGCCAGGCUUGAGGGAAGACGAGGUUACGAAGUACCCAUUAGUCCUUAAAGUGCAUGGGGCGCCAGGUACUCAACUCGUAACAGAACAGUGGUCAUUAGAUUGGGGUUCACUCGCCGCGGGUGCUGGGGCAGUUCUAGCUACAGUGGAUGCUCGUGGGGCUGGGGGUCGGGGACUAGGUGCCCAUCACACACUGCAUAGGCGUUUGGGGACAGUAGAAUUAGCGGAUCAACUUGAAGUCGCUGAGUAUCUACGUGACUCUCUCCAUUUUAUUGACGCUCGUCGAGUCGCAGUAUGGGGGCAGGCGCAUGGUGGAUUUCUAGCGGCUCUAGCGCUUGCUAGCCCCUUGAACGUGUUUCAUUGUGGCGUAGUCCUCACGCCUAUUGUCCGCUGGCGAUAUUAUGCGUCAGCUUACGCGGAACGUUACAUGGGCUUUCCGAACGCGACUGGCAAUUACCGUGGCUACGCCGACGCAGACGUCACAAAGCAAGCUGCGGCGCUAAACGAUAAGAUGUUAUUGCUUGUUCACGGCACUGCGGAUGACAACGUUCAUAUUCAGCAGACUAUGGCACUAGCCCGGUCACUCUCUGAACAGGGUAGCAUGUUCCGGCAGCAGAUUUAUCCGGAUGAAGGUCACAGUUUAGCCGGUGUGCGACGUCACCUCUACCGGACUAUGUCGUCGUUCCUUGAUGACUGCUUUAGGAAACAAGUGCCACCCGAGACGAAGGCGGGAUUGCGGAACGGCGGCAACCUCGACUGA